AUGGAAUGCUCAGAUACUAAGCCAGUGAAACCCAACUCAAAUAACAUAUCAGAAAUGGUCUGCAAGUUUGCCAAAGUUUGUAGAUUGAAGUCUAUUGGGGUGUUUUCCUCUGAAAUCCCCAAUCUCCCUCACUUGCACAGACCCAUUUGCAAUGAGACUCCUUUGAGUGAAAACAGCAAUGAAGAGAGCAAAUGCUAUCACCAGAAAGUGCAUCCCCACCCCAUUGAAGUGCCAGCCAAGGAGAAGGCUUGUGCUGGUUUGGAGGUCACGAGGAAGAUAUUUGAUGCUGUUUCAGCACUGAAAUUGGCAUAUCUUCAGCUUCAGCAGGCGCAUAUCCCUUAUGACCCUCUGAAAAUAGUUGCUGCUGAUGACCUGGUUGUUGCUGAGCUUGAGAAGAUUUGCAAGUUCAAGCGCGAAUACACACAGAAACAUUGCAAGAAAGCAAGGUUCAAUGCCUCUCGUUCUGCUCCCUUAAUGGCUGAGAUUGUGGCCAAGGAAGCACUGUUGGGGAAGCUUAAGUCUCAAAACAGUGCCAAAGAUUCUGAGAUUGUCCGAUUGGGGCGCGAGCUGCUGGAUUUGAAGAUAGGGAAUAAAAAUCUCACUGAGAAGAUCAAGCAGAUAAGUUUGGAGAAAAGGAGGGCAGGCUUUUUGAGUGUUACUGAGUUUGAGGAUAUCUUCAAGGCUGCUUCAAAGUCCAUUCAUGAUUUUGCAAAACCAAUGAUUAGCUUGAUGAAAGCUUCAGGUUGGGACCUUGAUAGGGCUGCAAAUUCUAUUGAGAAUGGUGUUAUUUAUUCCAAAAGGUGUGACAAGAAGUAUGCUUUUGAGUCAUACAUUGCUCGCAGAAUGUUUCAUGUUGCUCCGUUAACAUCUUAUGAUGUGAGCGAUAUUAUGAAGUUUGAUGAUCCUUUUGAUGCACUUAUGGAGAAUCCACAUUCAGAUUUUGCCAAAUUUUCUCAAGAAAAAUACCUUCUCGUUGUGCAUCCCAAAAUGGAAGAGUCAUUCUUCGGCAAUUUGGAUCACCGGACGUUUAUAAUGAAUGGCAAGCACCCUAGAACUGAGUUCUAUCAAUUGUUUGCUAAGAUGGCAAAAUGGGUUUGGGUUUUACUUGGAUCUGCUCGGUCUAUAGAUUCUGCAGCAACUCUAUUUUCCGUGAACAGAGGAAGUGUGUUCUCCAACUUGUACAUGGAAUCUGUUGAAGAAGAAAAGGAGAGUGCAAUGCUUUCAGACGAAGAAAGAACGACCCACAAAGUUCAAUUCAUGAUCAUGCCAGGGUUUAAAAUUGGAAAGAUGGUGGUGAAGUCCCGAGUUUAUGUGUCAAAAUGUUCAAGCUAA